CAAUGACAAACAGCUGUCAUUUUUCGCAUCAACAAAAUUAGAAAUUGUGCAAAACGAAAAGAAAAUCUCAAAAAAUGUCCUCACCAGCACCAAAAUCUCCAGAAUUAUCGGAUAAAAGUAGGAAAUAUGAUCGUCAAAUAAGACUUUGGGGUGAAAAUGGACAGAGUCUCUUAGAAAGUGCAACAGUCUGUUUAAUCAAUGCCAAUGCAGUUGGAUGUGAAAUUCUUAAGAGUCUUGUUCUACCCGGAAUCGGUGGUUUUACAAUUGUUGAUGGAUCGGUUGUAACUGAAGAAGACAUCGGAACAAAUUUCUUUUUAGAACAAACCAGCGAAGGACAAUCGAAAGCAUCGCAGUGCAUGCAAUUUCUACAGGAACUCAAUGCGGAUGCAAAUGGAGAUUAUGUCGAUGAGAGCAUUGAGUUCAUUCUGAGUAAUCGUCCGGAAUUUUUUAAUAAUUUCAAUGUUGUGAUUGCAUCUAAUUUGAAUGAGAAAACUCUACUAAGUCUUUCGAAUAAGCUGUGGGAUGAAAAGAUUCCUUUUAUUUAUUGUCGUUCAUUGGGAUUCUUUGGAUCGAUUAGACUGCAAGUCAAGGAACAUUGUGUCAUUGAAUCACAUCCCGAUGACAGAAUCUAUGAUUUGAGGCUAGAGAAGCCGUUUCCUACUUUGAAAGCUCACUUGGAGUCCACACCACUUUCUCCGAAAGUACCCUGGUUGAUUGUGUUAAAUAAAUUUCUAUGCGAUUGGAAGAACAACAACGAUGGGCGCAUUCCAAAGACAUACAAAGAAAAAACCGCCCUCAAGGAACUUAUUCAAAGUGGUAUUUCGAAUGACGAAGAAAAUUAUGAAGAAGCAAUAAAAGCUGUGAACACUGCCUUCGGCGCUGGCCUAGUUUCGCCAACAAUUAAAGCAAUUCUCGAUGAUGAUGCAUGUGAAAAUAUCAACAAACAAAGCUCUCCAUUCUGGAUAAUGGCGAAAGCUUUAAAAGAAUUCGUUUUCAAUGAAAACGACAAUUACCUCCCUCUGCCAGGAGUGCUUCCCGACAUGACAGCCAACACCGAGUCAUACAUCAACCUGCAAAAUAUCUUUCGCCAGCAGGCAUUGCAUGAUGCUGAUAAUAUUUAUCGGAAAUGCCAAAACUACUUGAAAGAAUUGGGUCUACCACCAGAAACAAUUAACGAUAAAACGGUUCGUUUGUUUUGCCGUGAAGCGGCUGGUUUAACGGUUAUUCGUGGUAGCAAACUUUCCGACGAGUAUGAGAAGUCGAGUAAGAUUGUUAAUAUUGUUGAUAACUUCGAGACACUAGGAACUCUGGCCGAGUAUUAUGUAGGGUUUCUAGCCUACGAACGGUAUCAAACGGAGUUUGGAAAUAUUCCUGGUGAAUUGUAUGUGGAAAAUGAUACGUCGAAGCUUAAAGGAAUUGCAAAUAAAAUGUUGGCAGAUUGGGCCGUUCACGGUCAGGUUAGUGAUGAUUUAAUUCAUGAAAUCUGUAGCUAUGGAGGCUCGGAAGUUCAUACCGUGUCAGCAUUUAUCGGUGGAUGUGCAGCUCAGGAAGUGAUUAAGCUAAUAACCAAACAGUAUAUACCAAUUGAUAACACAUUUUUGUAUAAUGCUAUAACCUCUGAGACAACAACAAUAAAACUAUAAAUGAUUAUUUAGUCAA